AUGACCCCGCGGCCUCGGCCGGCGGCGCGGCCGGCGCUGCCGGGGCCGAGCAGGGCGUCCAUGGUGGCUGGCGAGCACCGCGCACUGGGCAUGGCUCGGCAGUCCAUAGCACUAGCCUCCUCCGCCGCUGCAUCUCCCGCAAACGCUCAUGCUGCCGCACAACACUCGGAUCACACAGCUCCCGCCUCGAAGGGUGCCCGUCAGCCCUCCUACACAGUGCCGCUCAUCAUCCACAUCGGCGGUGGUCCCAAGGUACAUUAA